GCUCUCUGUUAUGGAAGCUCAACUUGCAGAUCGGACAAGUGUCCAUCAGCCCGAAAGUGCCUUGCUGCUUCAACCUCUCUUCCUCGGCCGGCAAACUUUCUGCCUCGUUCUCCACGAUGAUGACAAUGUCGUCGUUGUCAACAUUUUCGGCAUUUUCAUCCAUUUUCUCUGCAGCUACCCGAGCCUUCCAGGCAACCAAUCAAUUUAACGUUAGCGGUGCGAUUGGAAACAAAGGAUAGCCUAUAAUUUCCCUGACUUAACAAGCCAGAUAGGCAAUAUAAAUAAUAUUAUGCAUUACAACAUGAAAUGCAUACUCAUUUCACCCCUACAAGACGGUUUUAAAGCGUGCUAUCACAGCUUUGAAGUGUUCUUAUUCUUUCCGUUUUGGAAGCUAAAUUAGCUACGUAGCCUAUUUUAAUUGCACAUAUGCUAGAGACAAUACAACUCCCCGGUUUGUGGAGGUUCUUACUUAAACAGGCGAAAGAUAACAGCGCACACUCAUUAAUGAAUUAACAUUACACUACAUACACAGCAUUUGGAAGCUCAUAUGUCCACUGGAAAGGCGACCAUCUGAGACUUCUUUGCUCAAAACACCAUACCAUUUAUUACCCAGACUGCACCUCGGUAAUUUAAAGCUACAGUGCCACGUUGGGCCACACUACAUUCUGUGGAGGGCAACUUUAAAUUUGAUAUUUUCAACCAUUGGUCACUAACCUAUGAUAAAUAACGAGCCCCGGAGUCAAAAUGCUGAGAGUCACUCCAUUCCUCUGAGUGAUGGAAACAGGAUACCUUUGAUAGGACUGGGAACUUAUGGGGAUCCCCAUACGACCCCUAAAGGAACUGCAUAUGAAUCAGUCAAAGUGGCUAUUGAAACAGGAUAUAGACACCUCGAUGGGGCUUUGAUCUAUUUCAAUGAACACGAGGUGGGACAAGCAAUAAGGGAGAAAAUUGCUGAUGGAACUGUGAAGAGAGAGGACAUCUUCUACUGUGGAAAGUUAUGGAACACAUUCCACCCCCCACAAUUGGUACGACCUGCUUUAGAGAAAACCUUGAAGACCUUACAGCUGGAUUAUGUCGACCUCUAUAUUGUAGAAAUGCCAACAGCCUUCAAGCCAGGAGAUACAUUUUACCCCAAAGAUGAGAAUGGGAAGUGGAUUUAUCACGAGACAGAUCUCUGUGCUACGUGGGAGGCUUUAGAGGCUUGCAAAGACGCUGGGCUAGUAAAAUCUCUUGGAGUAUCCAACUUCAACAAGCGACAACUGGAGUUGAUCCUUAACAAACCGGGGCUGAAACACAAACCUGUGUCAAACCAGGUUGAAUGUCAUCCCUAUUUCACUCAGCCGAAGUUGCUUGAGUUCUGCCGGCAGAAUGAUAUUGUCAUUGUGGGAUACAGCCCCUUGGGGACAUCUAGAGAUGCAUCCUGGGUAAACCUAAAAUCCCCCCCACUGUUGGAAGAUGAGCUACUUGUAUCAAUUGCUAAAAAGUAUAACAAGACUGCAGCACAGGUGGCCUUGAGGUUCAACGUGCAGAGAGGAGUGGUGGUCAUCCCAAAGAGCUUCACCCCUAUUCGUAUCAAGGAGAACUUUCAGAUAUUCGACUUCUCUCUUGCUGAGGCUGAGAUGAAGGCAAUUGAGAGACUGAACAAGAAUAUUCGUUUUGUUGAGCUUCUCAUGUGGUCUGAUCAUCCAGAGUAUCCAUUUCAUGAUGACUAUUAGACGCCACAGUCUUCAUCUGAAUUUGUUCAAAUAAUUUGGCUUAUUCACUUUGUUGCUUUUACAAUGUUUUGUGCUUUAACUGGAAAAUAUGUUGAUAGACCUUUUAUUGUAGACGACAUUUCAUUCUGAUAUGCUUUGUUUGAUGUGAAUUUAUUCAAGAAUCUGAUAACUUCAAUAAAAUCGUUUCGUUUUAGAGCAGAGGAUGGUGUAGUAUUGUGUGUUUGUAAACGGUUCUAGAAACAUUAGAAAUAGUUAAACUGACCAUAAUUGUUGGAAUAAAUCAAUAUUUAUAAAUAUGACAUUUUAAAUUGAGCUGUAAAAUCAAGUUAGAUCAUGUAUUUAUGGAAUAAAUAUAUUGUCUAUAAUAUUGUAAUUUUGUAUUACCAUAUCUGAAUCUGAGUGAAAACACUUGUGUGUGAAUGAGUAAAAACGU